UAAGGAUGUAACUUCCCCUACACUGGGCAUUUCCUUAAGGAUAAGCAUCUCUCCCUAGGAUUGGAAUUGAUUGCUGGCCUGCUGCACUCACCUUGUGACCACCCACCUUAAGACCACCAACUCGCUGUGUUCCCAGAAUUGCUGUGCCAGCAAAGCAAUCUCGUGACUAUUGUAAAAGGGACAUUCCAAUCAUAUGUGAUACAUGCUCUUUGAUGGUACAUAACCACUCUGUGUACCCCCACUUCUUUGGAGUGCUCCAUUGCUUUGUGAAAGGACUCUCCCAGGCUACAUGGUCCUCAGAACUGACUCCUAGUAAACUCACCCCAAUUUUGAUUUACAGAUUGGAUUAUUUGCACUGUCAACAUCAAACAGGAUUCUUUUCUUUAGCUGUGCUCAGCAAACAUUUACAGAUUCCUGCUCUCUGACAGGUGCUGUGCUGGGCCUGGGAGAGGAGGACCGGCAAGACGCAGUCGCUGACCAUCUCAGAUGGCAGGCUCAGCAUUCCCAGCUCAGGUUCUAACUCUGACCCUGGCGAAGGGAGGAAGUGUGUUCCGAAGCGGCCCUCAGCAGUUUAAAGGCUGGUGAAUAAAUGCCAGUUUCACACAGAGGAAACACUGAACCAGAGCAUUUUUCUCUUCUGCUGCCACAGAAUCUCGCUGCUUAUUUGCCCACCAAGGAUGCUCCUCUCUGCAAGUCAGACCUAACGAAUUUGCUUUCUUUCCCAAGAGGGGCCUACACUCAAGGAAUCAGCAGAAGGACUAAGUAAGCAGAGCAUCAGAACACUGCGUCCCAGGCCUGGGUGAGCACUACCGCCAUAAACCUUGGUAAACCAUUACUUGGAGACUCAGUGUUCUCAUCCCUAAAACGAGGAGCUAGGAAGUGCGCUCUAUGCAAAAAGUUUGAAAACUUUUUGAAAGUCGGCAAGGGCAAACGUCUGAGACCAGAGGCUGCGACCGUGUCCAUCACUCCACGGCUUCAGUAACCGCUUUCACGCCAGCUCUCCACGCCCUUCCACACCGCCCGGCCCGCCGCAGACGUCGGGGACUGCGCGCGUGCACCGUAGAGGCCCCUCUCGCUUCCCGUCGCUUCCCUUUCCGCCUCGGCCCCGCCCAGCCCCAUCACUUCCGGUUCAGCCCGGGAACGGCCCGGGCGCUUCCGGGCCCUGUUUCUCUGGCCCGCCCACUUCCCCAACGCUCCCGCGGCUGUCCCGGUUGCUGGAGAGGAUAGUUGCCAAUAAAGUUUUCCUGUUUCAAAGGCGGGCGAUUGGGCAGGGCACGGCUGCCUCCCCCUUGCUGGUGGCCCGCAGUUCCUCUCGGCUACGGGCAGCGAGCCUCAGGGCGCCAUGGCCAGGGGCCGCGGCGGCCGGGCGCGGGUGAGGCCGCCUGUCGCUGCCCGCGCGCUCCCGUGGCUUCUCGGCCCGCCGGCGCCCGCCUCCGCCUGAGCGCAGCCCUCCGCGCCCGCGGGCCUCCUCGCCCGGGCCCAUGGCCUCCGAGGCGCCGUCGCCUCCGUUGUCGCCGUCGCCGCCGCCCUCCCCCGAGCCUGAGCUGGCGCAGCUGAGGCGGAAGGUGGAGAAGUUGGAACGCGAGCUGCGGAGCUGCAAGCGGCAGGUGCGGGAGAUCGAGAAGCUGCUGCACCACACGGAGCGGCUGUACCAGAGCGCCGAGAGCAACAACCAGGAGCUCCGCACCCAGGUAGAAGAGCUCAGCAAAAUACUCCAUUGUGGAAGAAAGGAAGAUAAUAGCAAGUCUGAUGUAGAAGUACAAACAGAGAACCACCCUCCUUGGUCCAUCUCAGAUUAUUAUUAUCAAACAUACUAUAAGGAUGUUAGUCUUCCAGAUAAAGUGACUGAACUUUCAGUUCAGCAAGAUCAGAAUAUUGAACCUUCUACUUUUAAUUCUAAAGACCAGUCACAAAUAGAAAAUGAUGCUUACACUGGUACUGAUAUAACAGAAAAUGUUAAAUGUGGACGAGAGGACCAUUUUGCCUCACAUUCACAGGAGCCAGCAUCUGCAUUAGCAACUGAAGAUACAUCCUUAGAAGGUGCCUCAUUAGCUGAAAGUUUGAGAGCUGCUGCAGAAGCUGCUGUGUCACAGACUGGAUUCAGUUAUGAUGAGAGUACUGGGCUGUAUUUCGAUCACAGCACUGGUUUCUAUUAUGAUUCUGAAAAUCAACUAUAUUAUGAUCCUUCCACUGGAAUUUAUUACUACUGUGAUGUGGAAAGUGGUCGAUAUCAAUUUCAUUCUCGAGUAGAUCUGCAACCUUAUCAGACUUCCGGUGCAAAACAAAGUAGAGAUAAGAAAUCGAAGAAGAAAAGAAAGGAUCCAGAUUCUUCUACAACAACUGAGGAAAAGGAUUUGAAUUCAGAAGAUCAAAAAGCAUCCAGUGUUGAACAUAUAAACUGCAAUGAGGGAGAAGAUUUUGCAACUGUGAAGAAGAAGGCCAAAAUAGACAUUCAUUACAAAAAUAGUCCCCCCAAAUUCACUGUUCCAGUUAGUGGAAAGACUGUAGAAUCUCUUAAUGAAAACACCUAUAAUUUGACUUCGUUUAAAGAGGAGAAAAUCGUAGAGACUGAUAGUGAACCAGAAGAAGGUGAAAUUACAGAUUCUCAGACCGAGGACAGUUAUGAUGAAGACAUGACCAGUGAAGACAGUGUAACUGCAGAAGAUACUGAGGAUGAGGGUGAAGAAAAAAUUUGGCCCCCGUGUAUUAGAGUAAUUGUUAUUAGAUCACCAGUGUUGCAGACAGGAUCACUUUUUAUCAUUACAGCUGUAAACCCUGCUACAAUUGGAAGAGAAAAAGAUAUGGAGCAUACUCUCCGAAUCCCCGAAGUUGGUGUCAGUAAGUUUCAUGCAGAAAUUCAUUUUGACCAUGACUUACAAAGUUAUGUCCUUGUGGACCAAGGCAGUCAAAAUGGCACAAUUGUUAACGGAAAACAGAUUCUUCAGCCUAAAACUAAAUGUGACCCCUAUGUACUUGAGCAUGGAGAUGAAGUGAAAAUUGGAGAGACUGUGUUGUCCUUCCACAUCCACCCUGGCAGUGAGACCUGUGAUGGCUGUGAACCAGGGCAGGUUAGAGCUCACCUUCGUCUUGAUAAGAAAGAUGAGUCUUUUGUUGGUCCGACACUAAGUAAGGAGGAAAAAGAGUUGGAAAGGAGAAAAGAAUUAAAGAAAAUACGAGUGAAAUAUGGUUUGCAGAAUACGGAAUAUGAAGAUGAAAAGGCAUUGAAGAAUCCAAAAUAUAAAGACAGAGCUGGAAAACGUAGGGAGCAGAUUGGAAGUGAAGGAACUUUCCAAAGAGAUGAUGCUCCUGCCUCUGUUCACUCUGAAAUUACUGAUAGCAACAAAGGUCGGAAGAUGUUGGAGAAGAUGGGUUGGAAGAAAGGAGAAGGCCUCGGGAAGGAUGGUGGAGGAAUGAAAACUCCGAUAGAGCUGCAGCUCCGGCGAACACAUGCAGGUUUGGGGACAGGCAAACCAUCCUCAGUUGAAGAUGCUCACCUUCUCCAAAGCAAGAGCAAAAAGAACUGGGAGAAAGCGCGAGAAAGGUUUGCUGAAAACUUCCCAGAAACUAAACCUCAAAAAGAUGCACCAGGGAGCGCGCCUUGGGUGAGAGGGACUACAGAGUGAAGGUCAGUCCUAGAACGCAGUUCAAGCUUUUGAAAAAGAGAGUUUGGAAACGUUAUUUUAUUGCAGACGUUCCCUCCAAAAGAGUCAGUGGCAUGAGGGAACUGUGUCACGGUUUACCCUCUCAUGACUCAGCAAUGCGUAAUAAAGGGUGGUUUGCAGCUUGGAAGAAGCAUUUUUUAAAACUAAUAAGUAGUGACUGAAUCAAGUUACGCUGUGAGUGGACUAACGUUCACAGGGCGUGGAUGAGCUUAUGAAACUUUAUUAUUUUAUCUUGUCGUUUACCAGACUCGUAUAAGCACCUAGCCGUAUAAGCAGAAUUCAUGUAACCACUAUGGCUUAAAUAUGCAUUUGUCCUUGUCUCCAUGUUCAUUAUCGUACGAUGCACAGCAAAAGAAACAAGAAGUUUAUAAAAACAGUUCUGACUAGGAGCAUCCUUGUUUUUGCCCUUUAGAACUUAGAUAAAACAUGUUGAGAAAAACAUGGGUAGUGGUGCAUAAAUUUUAUCAUUCUUGAGAUAACCUAAGUAAUAGUAUUGAAGAACUAAUGACCAGGUGACAUGUUGUGGAAAAUUAGUCUUUCAUUGUUUUCUUCUGUGAAGAAUCUGUUUAUUUGUACUAUAUAUUAAGUAUUUGCAUUUGGUUUGUUUCAUAGCUGAAAUAUUUAGAUAUGGACAAUUGAGUACGGUAUUGAAAUAUUCAAUGUGCUGGCAUUUGUAGUUUUGAUAAAUCCCAUUGCUGGCAAUGGAGUCGUGCCAGAGAAAUCUGAUUUCUACUGCAAAAGGAUUACCUAGUCAAGGUGUCAAACUCAAGAUGUUUAUUGAAAAUGUCCUGAAAUGCAAUAAAAACAUUAUGACAUCAGAAGAGUGAUUAAUUGAACCAGUGAUUUAAACACAGUGGUCUGCUUUGAACUCACGACCAGCCCGAGUUUUCCUCUUUCAGUUGCAGAGCAGGAAGAAAGCUCCCGUGGAGCAGGGGAGAGCUGCAGUGCGGCUCCCUGCGUGCAGGUGUCACUGCUCUGCCACUGACCGCUGUGCUAUCCCUCGCUGUUCCGCUUUUCUCUCAGCUGUUUGCUGGGAAAUUAAUGCUGGAACCGACCCUUUCCUGACAGUGAAUAUGAGCUAUAGCUCCCUCAUCUACUAUAAAGAAAUGUCUUCAAGAUUUAGAAAUAGGAAAGGAAAAUUCUGAAAAAAAUUAUACAGUAGGGAAGAUAAUUCAGAAAGAAAGUCUACCUGUUGGAAUUUCUAGUCCAAAUGGUACAGGGUAUUUAGGAAGAAAGGGGGACGAGGAAAGAAAAAUAAGUUUAUUACUAAAGAUGAGACAUGGCCAAGCAAAUUGUCAAGUCCCUGUAGGCCUAAGCUGGGAUAACCGCAGGCCCUGUUACUCCAAAGCUGAUAAAGUAUUCUUCUGUAUCCUUCUUGGCCAUCUACACACCCUAGCGCGCACACACACACACACACACACACACACACACACACACACACCAUUAGACUUGGAGGCAACAGGAGUAUCCUGUAUUAUUUUUUCUAAAAUAGAAAAAAUUACUCAUGUCAGUGUAGUUCUGAUACUGGUGCCCUGUAUAUAGUUAGUAGACUUUGCUUCUGGUGGAUCUCACUCAUUGUGGUAGUAUACAACUGUCUAGGUAAUAUUUCUCGUUUUUAUUACUAGAUUGCAGAAAAAUUUUUCAUUGUUUUUUGUUAAGAAAAUGGAAAUUUAAAAAUGGUGACAAAAAUUGAAAUAUGUGUGAUAUUUGCAUUAUUAAAACGCUUUGCAGAUGUAAAGUCUCAGGGCUACACUGCAUAGUGGUUAAAGCACUGACUAAUAUCUGGGUCUGUUUCCAUCUGUGGAAUAAGAAUAACACUUAUCUCACAUGUCUGUCUUCAAUAGAAAAUGAGAAAAUGUAUAUAAAAGCACUUUGUAAAUUGUAAAAGUACAAAUGUGAGCUUCUAUUUGUUUAGAAGCAUAGAUGUGAAUUAUGUACAAUUUGGAUUACACAUAAAAUUGUUUUGUGUCUAAUAUCUUAAA